AUGCUAUCCUCCUCACUCAUAGUUUUUGCAUCCCUCGCCAGUUUCAUCGUCGGAACCCUAGUCCUCUUCUGCGUCUUUUUUCUCUACCAACAAAUCAAAUCCAAGCAUCGAAUUACUCGCCACCAGCAACUUCGCAACCGCAAUUUGGAUCUCUCCUCUGUCACCGUCGAUGGAAUCGCAUCCUUCGAUCCUUCACUCUGUUUCUCCAUGGCCGAACUUCGUUCCGCGACCAAGAAUUUCAGUAACGAUUUGAUCGUCGGCGAUGGAUCCUUCGGAAUCGUCUACAAGGCUCGCCUCUCCUCCGGCGAUAACGUCGCCAUCAAGAAACUCAAUCACGACGCGUUCCAAGGAUUCAGAGAAUUCCGAGCCGAGAUGGAGACUCUCGGAAAACUCCGCCAUCGGAACAUCGUCAAGAUCUUGGGAUACUGCGUUUCCGGCUCCGAUAGGCUCUUGAUUUAUGAGUUUGUUGAGAGAGGAAGCCUCGAUAACUGCUUGUACGAGACCUCCACUUCGGCGGAGGCAGAUAAGGGUUCCGAUGGAUACUUGACCUCGAAUCCGCCAUUGCCUUGGGAGACCAGGUUGAAGAUCAUGAGAGGCGUUGCUAAUGGGCUUUCGUAUUUACAUGGGCUUUCUCAGCCCAUUAUUCAUAGAGAUAUUAAGGCCGGCAAUGUCUUAUUGGACUCCGAAUACGAGGCCCAUAUUGCUGAUUUUGGGCUGGCACGUAUGAUUGAUAGCUGCAGUUCGCACGUGUCGACUCAGUUUGCCGGAACUUGGGGAUACAUGCCGCCGGAAUACAGGGAUGGAGUGACGGCGGCGACUGUGAAGGCUGACGUGUAUAGUUUUGGGAUUUUAAUGUUCGAGGUUGCUAUGGGCCGGAGGCCCAAUUUGCCGAUGGUAUUGGAGGAUAGAGAAGUGGGCUUAAUAGAAUGGGCCAGGAUUUUGGUGGCCCAAAAUAAGCAUAUGGAAAUGGUUGAUGCAAGCAUUUCGAAGGAGGAUCUAGUGGAGGCAAAUGUGAAGGAGUAUUUUAGGAUUGCUUGUUUGUGUACGAGUGAGAGGUCCAAGGAAAGACCUCUUAUGUUGAAUGUUGUCGAGUUGUUGGAUCGGAUUUGUGACGUGAAGUUGCACGACGACAACGAGUAUCAAAAUAAGCUCGAUGUGUAGUUAAGACAGCGACGGUGGUGAUGAUGAUAUUCAUGUGGGAAGGAGAUGUAUAAUAUUUCUAUUAAGAGGAAUGUAAAUAGUGGUUCGAGCCAACUAUUCAAAUAGGUCAAAUGUAGAAUGGGGAUGUCGAGAUUUUGUUUAUAUUAUUUUAUAUAUAUAUAUAAAUAUAUAUAACAUAUAUGUGUC